UCCGGGUCUGAGGCUCCAGGUGCGCUUCCCUCCGGGAGGGAUUUUCCGGUCGCCUGGGCAGAGGGACUAGGAACUCGGGCUCAGUCUCCACCCCAAAGUGGGGCGGGUCCGGGAGGCAUAAGACCAGUUGCCGGGCACAGGCGAGGGUGUGACCUCCGCGGCCUCAGGCGAAGAAGCGCAAUCCCAUCUCGAGGAACGUCUGCUUGGGUGAGCUGAACUCUGAUCUUGACAUAGAGUCAUGGCCAUGGGAACCAAAGGAGGGACUGUCAAAGCUGCUUCAGGAUUCAAUGCCAUGGAAGAUGCCCAGAAUCUGAGGAAGGCUAUGAAAGGGCUCGGCACUGAUGAAGAUGGCAUUAUUAAUGUCCUGGCCUACCGCAACACUGCCCAGCGCCAGGAAAUCAGGACGGCUUACAAGAGCACCAUUGGCAGGGACCUGGUAGACGACUUGAAGUCUGAACUGAGUGGCAACUUUGAGCGGGGAGCUGGCACAGACGAGGGCUGCCUAAUUGAGAUUCUGGCCUCCCGCUCCCCUGAGGAGAUCCGGCGCAUCAACCAGAUCUACCAGCAGCAAUAUGGACGGAGCCUUGAGGAUGACAUUUGCUCUGACACAUCGUUCAUGUUCCAGCGAGUGCUUGUGUCUCUGUCAGCUGGUGGCAGGGAUGAAGGAAAUUACCUGGAUGAUAAUCUCAUGAAACAAGAUGCCCAGGAACUGUAUGAGGCUGGAGAGAAGAAAUGGGGGACAGAUGAGGUGAAAUUUCUAACUGUGCUCUGUUCCCGGAAUCGAAAUCAUCUGUUGCAUGUGUUUGAUGAAUACAAAAGAUUAUCACAGAAGGAUAUCGAACAGAGUAUUAAAUCUGAAACAUCUGGUAGCUUUGAAGAUGCUUUGCUGGCUAUUGUAAAAUGCAUGAGGAAUAAGCCUGCAUAUUUUGCUGAAAGGCUUUAUAAAUCAAUGAAGGGCUUGGGCACUGAUGAUGACACCCUCAUCAGAGUGAUGGUUUCUCGAGCAGAGAUUGAUAUGCUGGACAUUCGGGCCAAUUUCAAGAGGCUCUAUGGAAAGUCUUUGUACUCCUUCAUCAAGGGUGAUACAUCGGGAGACUAUAGGAAGGUUCUGCUCAUUCUCUGUGGGGGAGAUGAUUAAAAGAAAAUCCAUGAAGGAGGAUCCCCAACAUGUUGAAUUUUUUUUUAAUUUCAUUUUCCUACAAUGCUAUUAGCACUAUCUCAGAAUGCUUAUUUCCAAUUAAAAUGCCUAUAGUUACCUUUUAGGAUGUAGACAGUCUAUAUUAUUAUUUGUCUAUAAUUAGUCAUUUUGAUGCUUUAAAGCUGCACUUGCAUUUCAAAGCUUAUAAAACCUGAAAGGGAAUUUAAAAUUAGAAAUAAAAAUGUACUCCAUGGUUUUAA